AGCACCUGAACGCAGCAGAGCAAACCCCAUGAUUUGGUAAAACUUUGAACCUCACCCACGCAAACUGCGUUUAUUUAAGGAAGUGGAGAAACUGAAGGGACGUGGUGCAAAGACCGAAUUGGAGCAAAGAAAUCAAUACUCGUCUCGUGCAGUGUUUUAGGACAAGGCUUAUCAUCAUAAUCACACAGCCGAAAUGUCCCCGCGAUACCACAACAAAGUUGUCAUUGUGACGGGAGGAUCCAAAGGAAUUGGCAGAGGGAUUGUCAAAGUGUUUGUGGAGAAUGGAGCCAAAGUGGUGUUUUGUGCAAGAGGAGGUGCAGCAGGUGAGGCUCUGGAGGCGGAGCUAAACAAAGCAGGGCCAGGAUCAUGCAAAUUUGUCACAUGUGACAUGUCCAAAGAGGAUGACAUCAAGAGACUGAUCGCAGUCACACUGGACCAUUAUGGACACGUUGACUGCCUGGUCAACAACGCAGGGUGGCACCCGCCUCAUAAGUCCACUGAUGACACCACAGCAGAGGAGUUCAGGGAUCUGCUGAAUCUGAACCUCGUCAGCUACUUCUUGGCGUCUAAAUAUGCGUUGCCGUACCUGAGACAGCGGCAGGGAAACAUCAUAAACGUCUCCAGUCUGGUGGCAACCAUCGGCCAGAAGGACGCUGCACCGUAUGUUGCCACCAAGGGGGCGAUUAUCUCCAUGACAAAAGCGAUGGCUGUGGAUGAGAGUCGCUACAAUGUGAGAGUGAACUGCAUCUCUCCGGGUAACGUGAUGACACCUCUGUGGGAAGAACUAGCAGGACAGACACCAGAUGCCGCAGCCGCCAUUAAAAUGGGAGAAAAUUCUCAGCUGCUGGGUCGUAUGGGGACAGAGGCGGAGUGUGGACUGGCUGCCUUGUAUCUGGCUGCCGACGCUACUUUCUGCACCGGGAUCGACCUGCUGUUCAGCGGUGGAGCUGAACUCAACUACGGCUUCAAGAGUCAGAUCCCUUCUUAACUGUCAGUGGUCGUAAAACAGCUGAUGUAACAUGAAAUGGUUUAAUCCGGAUUA